AAAAGAGCGUUGUCGUCCAUAGCAACUGUUAUGGCUACAGAAAUGGCAGGCAAGGAACAUGCUGGAUCAGAAGUUUCUCAGGCACUAAUCCGGUAUCUGAACUGCCUGAAUGAUGACAACAAAAGUAAUAGAAAACGAGCCUUGGAGAACAUCCGAAAGGAAAUUGUGGACCGGGUUCUCUCUGCCUCAGCUGCUCAGGACUUGUUUGAGGAGCUCUUGAAGCCUCUGCUUAAGUGCCUUGCAGAUCCCAUGGAGAAGUGCCGAGAACUAGCUUUACAAAUGUUAAGUGACUUGAUGGGCAAGGUACCCAGUCCGGAGAAGGGGUUGCCUUAUCUGAUCUCAACAGUUGUCCAUCGUUUGGGAUCCCCUGCUAUUUUGGAGCCUGCGGAGGAACUGAGACUUGCACUGGUUGAGUUAAUGACAUUGACAGUUGAAGUUUGUGGUAAACAUUUGGCACCUUAUUUAGAUGACAUGGUACAAAUCCUUCAGAAAACCAUAGUGGAUCCUUUCCCAGAUGUGAAGAAGGAGAGUUGUAAAUGUGCUGAAAUGUUUGCCAAAAGUAUUCCUGAGCAUUUUCAUAUGCAGGCAGAGAGUUUGAUUAAACCAUUAAUGCAAACGAUUUCCCAUCAACAUUCAAAGGUGCGGGUAGCUGUGAUUCGAACAACUGGAACUGUUGUGCAAUAUGGCAGUGGCAAAUCUGUAGAUGAUGUACUCUCCCAUUUAGCACAGCGCCUUUUUGAUGAUGCAGUACAGGUACGACAAGCCGUCACAGAUGUAGUAGGAAACUGGUUAUUGGAACUUCGGGACAGAUAUUCCUAUUUUCAUAAGCUGAUUCCCCUACUGUUGAGCAGUUUUAAUGAUGAAAUGCCUGCAGUCAGGGACUCAGCAGUCAGCUAUUGGAAAGCUGUAGGUGAAAAAUGGCAGAAGGAGAAUGAAGAAGACUUGAAGGAUAAGCUAGAUUUCAGUGGUGUCCCUCCUGCCCUAUACCCAGUAGGUGUAGAGAGACCAAGUCUGGGAUGCCGAGAACUUGUUUUCAGGAAUCUAACCAAAAUCUUGCCAGCUAUCAGCAAUGAUAUUAGAGACUGGGUCGUUGGAACCAGGAUUAAGGCUUCACAGCUUCUGGCAGUUCUCCUGCUGCAUGCAGAAGAUCACAUCACGCAGCACAUGGAGCUGAUACUCACCACACUGUAUUCUGCAUGCUGUGAUGAAGAAAUGCAAGUUAUUAGUAAUUGUGUGAAGUCAGCAGAGCUAAUUGGAACUUUUGUCAACCCUGAAGUGUUUGUUAAGAUGAUUUUGCAAGCUCUUCAGAAAGCCGCCUGUCCAGCUCAUCUUAUGGUUCUAGCUGCUGUUUUGAAAGGCUGUUCAAGGCAGGCACUGCAGCCUUAUCUGAAGGUUAUUGGAGACACUGUAUCUCAUCCGGAUGUUUGCCAAGCAUCAGAAAAGGUGAUAUUUAUGGAACAGUUGAUGGACUGUAUACGGGCUUUGAUAGAGAUAUGUGGAGAAGACUGCAGAAUAAUUAUUUUGGAGUUGUUCAAAGUUCUGAUCACCAUCCAGUCAUUCCAGUCAACACAAGAACUUCACAGCAAGGUGUUGGAGACAAUGAAUUCUUUAGCUAAAGUUCAAAAUUUGGACAGUUACUUGGAUCUUUAUAGACUGCACAUGGUUCAGCUUCUGGAAUGGACAUCUGCUGCACAUCAGCACUGGACCAGUUACUCAGUGGAAAGAGUUCAGUUUGAAACAGUGAUAAUUUAUUCAGGUCCUGUUAUUGGUGAAGUCCUGCCUAUUUUUAUUCCCAUCCUGAAGGAAAGCCUCCAACCUGACCAAGAUCCAGAAGUGCGCUUGAAACUUUUUACAGUCUUAUCCAAGUUACUUUUAAAUGCAGAUGAGACUGUGAACUCCCAGGGGCAGUUUAUUGGCUAUGCUGAGAUUUUGAUAAAAGACAUCUUGGUUCCUAAUCUGCACUGGCACGUUGGGAGGGUAACAGCUGCAAUCCGGAUGACAGCUAUAUCAUGCCUCUGGGCACUUCUACACAGUCAGCUACUUUCAGCCGAGCAGGCUCUGAAUGUACAUGAACCUCUAAUACCACUGGUGAUUGCAACACUGGAUGAGGAUUCUAAAAUAACACGACUAACAGCCUGUCGUGUAAUCCGUGCAGUUUUGCAGUUCUGUGGUCAGUACUUUGACCCUGAUAAACUCAACAAAAUUUAUCCAGAGCUCUUGAAACGUCUGGAUGAUGCAUCAGAUGAAGUACGAAUAGCAGCUACCAAAGCUUUAAUUAGUUGGGUCAAAAGUGUCCAAGGCACAUACGACAGAACAACCUAUAGAAGCCACAUUGAGUUUCUAUACCGAACACUGCUGGUUCACCUUGAUGAUCCUGAGAGAAGUAUCCAGAAUGCCGUACUGGAUGUUUUAAGAGAGGGAAGUGUUAUAUUUCCAGUCUUGCUGUUACGAGAAAUUGACGCAGUGAAACACAAACAUCGUAGUACAUUUUACUGUGAUCAGCUUUUGCAGCAUAUCCAGUCAUCAGAGGCCAUAGCGAAAGGAGGAAGUGCAUCCAUUGCUAUUACAUGUUCUUGAAAGUCUGCUGAAACUGUCUAGAAAGCGGAAAAGAUUGUGCACAGUUAUUUAUAUAUAUGUGAAAUAGCUUGUGCAUGUGUUUUUUGAGAGACGCUGCUAUAGAACAGUUUUCAAGAUGCAGUGCCAAGCUUCGCCAGCAGAGGACAGCAUUUGUUCAGCUGUCAGUAAGAGUGCAGCUUUCAUUAACCAGUAAAGUUGCACAGAUUAAACAUGAACACAUUUUUGCAUCACUCUUAGCAUAUCACAGUGUAAUUUUCAAUUACUUCUUUCCUUUUCUGUUGAUAUUCUCUACCAUUUUGUUAUUAAGUUUGCCACUUAAAACUCAUGGCUCAUUAACAUGUAUUUUUGGUAUUAUACCCAAUGAAUUCAAGUAUUUAUUUGUCUAAAUAAUUUAUACAUUUGGCGUGUCAAAAGUUUUUUUUAUCUGAAAUGGUAGGUGUGUGUAUUUUCUAAUCUGCAUGUCUGACAUUUUCACUAUUUUUACUCGAGUGUACCUCUGCUUUCUUUCAGAAAUAAAAUGUGAUUUCCCCAA